CAGAGAGCAUCAUGGACGCAGACGAGGACUUCGACAUUGAUCCAGCCAUUGCCGCAGCCAUGGGCUUCGGGGCCUUUGGGGCUCAAAAGUCGCAGAAGAGGAAAUUCAAUGCAAACGAUGGCUUCGUGGACCCAAGCGUGGGCAAGCCUGAGGCCGCUCACGGCACUGGAGCGAACAGCAUGCCCAUGCAAGAUAGAAAGGAGAAGCCUGCCAGAGUGGUGUCGCAAGAUGCUCCAAAGCUCGUCGCCUCAGCAUCCUCUUCCCACGCGCAGAAGUCAUCGCUUGCGGCAUACGAUCCACAGACACAGGAUAGUCCCAGCCUCGAAGCGCUGAAAUUCGGCGUGCGCAACAUUCGUGGCGAUAUGGUGUACUUCUCAAAAAGCUUUCUCGAGGAUCCUUGGGCUGGACUGAAGCCACAAUGAGACACUGGGACCUUGCGUACAGGAUCAAGACGUGGAGAGGUUGCUCUCCGCCCGUCUUUACCACUCCUUUGGCAAAUAGUUCGGGCUCUUUGCGGAGCUUAUUAGAAGGGCGACUGGUUUGGAACAAGCACAAGCACCCUUCGACAAGCAAUUCAACUGCCACUUCAAGGCCUCGAACCGAUACGAGCAUCUAUAUGCAACAGGGUCAACAUCGCGUUGGACUUGCGCGUGACAUUCAACGAUCAUAUGAGUCAAAUUUAGCGGCAGGGAGGCACGACGACCGACUGAUCCUAUCUGCAGCACUCGAGACAUCUUGAGGAAAAGAAGGCGUGUCUCCGAGGCAAAAGAACAAAAGUCUAGCUGUCCGAUUGUGAACUGGCUCGUGUGAACAAGUCAUAUCCAAAGGUGACUCUACGUUUUACACAUCGACCACACCAUCCAAUGAAAACCUUGAUAUCGUCAAAGUAGGAAUGAUGGGUAUAGAGCUUCUUUAAUAGAUGCCUGCGACCGCUGGACUGGGGCUGCAACCUCGGUAGGGCGUAUGCAGAGCUCCUGCGAGCUAUUGACUCAUUGCUCUGUAGCUUCCACAUGAGUUGCCACAACAGACAUGCCAUUCCUGGUUAUAAUUCAGAAUUUCUCGACAAAUUGAAUCGAAA